AUGAAUAGCUACGAUGGUAGCGAUGAGGAGGACAACAAUCCAUUUUCAGGCACUAAUCAUCUGUAUGCAUCAGGAAUUGCAGCUGUUCCCGAAGGACAAGAUGACUUUGUUCCCCCUAACAUCCUCACAGACAUACAAGAGAAAGAGGAAACAGGGGAGGAAUUGAUGCAGAAGCUGUUUGGAAGCGAUAUAGACACAAGCAAGGUUUUGCGUACAGAAAGUUCUGAAAAUGGGGCUGGUACCUGGGGAGCUAAUUCUGCAGAGCCUGAGACACCAGAACGUCCUGUUGUGAAAGAAAGUCUAUCGUCAGAACGGAACAGAAUCCCAUUUUCUGCGCCAACUGAGGAACAAGCUGUCAAGAUAGUAGAUGCAGGCCACUUCAGAGACGCUGGUGGUAAAUAUGCGAUUGGUUAUACCAUAGACUUCCAAGGGAAGCAAGUCGUGAGACGGUACUCGGAGUUUGACAGUCUUAGACAUGCAUUAUACCGAUUAUUGCCAACGAUUGUUGUGCCUCCAAUUCCUUCAAAACAUCCACUAAUCAGGUAUUUUUUGAAUCCACUCAGUGCAGAGAAAGAUAUUAGAAUCAUUGAUCGCAGAAAACGCCUACUUUCCUUGUUUCUCAACAAUUGUUAUGCGGUACCCGAAAUACGGGAACACGUCGUUUUCAAAAAGUUUUUAGACUCCGAGCAAGUGUGGAGGCAUGUUUUAAACUCUCCUCCGAUUUCCAUUUUGCCGGCAAACAACCUCUUGGCCCCUCCCUUACAGCAAACAAAACCUAGCCCAUUGCAUCUCUUGCUUCCCAGUGCAUCAACCAACGCAAUAGUCGCUGAACCGGUCGAGAAAACCAACAUAAUAUGGAGCUACGAGGAUACUUUCAAACAGCACGAAACGAAUCUCAAAAAGUUUGAAAAGACUCUCCAGCCUUUGGAAAAGCAUGCUAAGCAGAACAGAGUACAUUUCCAGGCCCUGUCUUCCUCACUGGCGGAACUAGGUGCGUAUUACAAUGCAUUUAGCUUGGAAGGAAACAUUUUGGCCCUGCAAGAGAACCUGCGACAGAUCAAUGAGCUAUCUAAAGGAAUUGAAAAAGUGGGGCAAGCCAUUGACGUGAAUUAUGUCAACUCUGAAAUCGUAUCCGAGCAAAUUACUAUUCUUUUCGAAGAGCCUAUGGCUGAGAUGGUUCAGACUAUUGCUGAGGCUAGGCAAGUGCUGCAUUUUAGGGAACAGAAGAUGGGACAAUACAGAAUAGUAGAAGCCACCAUAAAGCGUCGUGAGGCGCGGAUAAAAAGCCUGGAAGACGCUAGGCAACAGAUGUUGAGACUUGAAGAGGCCCUGAAGAAGAACGCAGAGCAAUCGCCGACUGUUGCGCAGGCUAUCAAAAAUAUGGAUCACAGGAACCGAAACGUGGUUGAAGCAGUAUCGGGCGAGGCACCACCGAAUGAACGAGAAGUUGCGAGCAAACACCCUCAGACAGGCAAUUCAGGUUGGACCGAUUUGUUUAAGCCCAGAAGAUCGACAGCUGCCGGGUCUCGCAGAUCGCGGUCAUCGUCUGACACACGCGAGCUAGAACCUCAUCUACUAAGCGACGAGCAAAGGGUGGAAGAAGUAGCAAAAAUAAAUCAAGAGCUGCAGAAAUUAAACGAAUGCUUCAAACUCAUUACAAAGGAUGUAAAGCAGGUAAAUGCCUCCGUCGAUGGAAGCCUGCAACACUUGCUGAGCUACGUCAAGGAAAGGUGUUCCAUGAUUCUCAAGGCGUUCUCCAAAGUCCUCCUUGUUUGGCUGAAAGAUUCGUUGGUCGCCUGGCAGAAUGCCAAGCUUGUCAUAGAAGAUAUCAACGUGCGCACUGUUGAACUUUUUUGA